AGUGGCUCACUAGAAAAACAUGGAACCAGGCAUGGUAAUGGGCAUCUUGCACAUGUGGCAUGGGCAGACCAUGAAAGGGUGUGCAACCUGUAUGGAGCGACCAAGCAAACAUAAUUGUUCAAUGGAGGUGGUGUUUUUUUAGUAAAGGUUUGCACACAAUGAUUCAAUACUCUAUAAUGCGUCUCGAGGGUUACAGUACUUGGUCUGUGUGUGUGUGU